AGCGUUUGCUGGGAUAACACAGCGCUGUUAUUUCGUCUGAGUUUACAACUCUUGCUUUUACCACCAGUCUCUCCUCUUUCGCUCUACUUACCUCCACUGUAGGUCCAUUUAGCGGCUGUCAGCUGACAACCAGAGGAUCGCGAAUCUGUCGCCGCGUCGUGUUUUUGAAAUCAUUUGAGGGGAACUUUUGAUUUAAAAAAAAAAAAUCCCACAAGCUGCUUCACAAGAGUAAGCGUUAUAACAACCAUACUUUCUUUACGACUUCAAUGUGGUUGGGUUGAUUUGAUUGAUAGUGAUUGCUUUAACUUCUGCAGGCCAGCAACUUCAUCACUGCAUCACAGCACGUCUUUAGUGAAGUCAGAGAGUAACUUCCGCUGCAGAUUUGUAUUUUAAUUGUUUUUUCACCUCAUGCUUUUUACAAGAAAACAUCCGGACUGCUUACUCGCAGUUAGAUGGGGAGCCAUGCUGGAGGUAUAAUUAAGGUAUGCAUAUUCACAAAUCCUUAAGUGCCUUCUUCAAACUCUAAUGGAAGAAAAAGCAUUAGCUGGGCCUGCCAUGGUGUCCAGAUUGCCAAAGUUUGGUGGACGCCCCACAGCUGGUGGGAAUAGUACUGUGUGCAAUGGUUCCACACAGUCACCUGCAUCUAUACAGGAUGGCAAGACUAAUUCACAUGGAUCACGCUCAAAUGGUCUGAUCCGGCCUGCUCCACCAUACCUGAAAUUGAAGAAAGACGAUGUUAUGAACUUUUCUAGCCCCAGCACACUUAUGAUUCCAUGGGAUGGAAAUGAAGAGAAGCCACAAUUCCAUGUGCCCUCAUUACCUGAGGUGAAAAGUAGCUCUCAAUCAACACCUAAGAUGCGUAGGUCAGGUACUUUAAUGGUGGCUACCUCCAGCCCAAAGACUGUUCCCAAGCAACUGACAAAGAUGAACCCCAAAGUGACAAAAGUUGGUCAAAACCAACUGAAUGGGCUUUCUAAAAUAACCUAUUGUACUUCUGGCAUUCCUGCUCGAACUGGGUCGGAGUCGCGCCUUGUGCGGCCAAUAUUAGGCACCAGCUCUCCAAGAAGCAUUUCUCAGGAUAGCUUAUCACAAUCCAGAGACAACCGAAAGAUCUUGACGUUGGACCACAUGGUGCGUUCAAACAGCUUCACUCACUUCAAACAAAUUCCCUCCCCCAACUGUGAGCCGAUGACACGGUCCUUCUCCUUUAAUCGGGCUGUGGAGUUAGCCAAACCCCUGGUCAACACCCAACUUCGGCCGCCUCGCAGUAGUUUCCUAAAGCCACCUCGCGUCAGCAAUGGAAGAUUGUGUUUAGGACUAAGCAGUAAUCUUGGAGAUUCAGGUUUUCAGUACAGCAAAAGCCUUCCAACUGACUCCUCCUUGCCCAACGCAUCUUACCCUGCCAUGCCCAGCACUCCACAAGGUUUGAGGAAACCUCAGCUUCCUAAUUCUGUUCUGACAAAGUCGCUGACAAACAGUGUGGGAUCUUUAGGUUACAGAUCGGGUUCAACCGCACAGGGUAAACAACAGGCAUCUCUGUUUCCAGAUCAGCCCAAAGAGGGUGUUAGAUCUUCUGUCUUAUCUGACUCUGGUGGACUUCUGAGGAUAUCUAAAGGGUCUGAGCCAACCGAUGAAGAUGGGAAAGCGGAUUCAUCCAGCAACAGUGGUGGAAGCUCUGGAGUUGAAAAUGGCACUCAUGACCAGAACUAUGUCCAGAUGGCAACCGAGACCCUGGAGGACAUGUCGUUAUCUUCUGCCUCAUCUCUGGAAAGAGGUGACACCAGUGAAGAUAUUCUAGAUGAUUGUGACUCUGCAGGAGAUGUUUUUAGUGAUGGAGACAUUCCUGCCAGCACUACUCAAGCCGUCUUGCAGAGAUCUUCCAAUGACAACACAGGCUGGGAGCCUGUAGAUCUGACAGAAAAUAAAGAGAAAAGCCCGACAGAGAAAUCGCAAGAAUCUAUGGAGGAUUCAUUGGUGUUGUCUCCUGCGCAGAGAGAUGCUCCUCAGGGUUCAUCAGUGGAGCUGUCUCCCUCCAAUAGCUCUGGUGGGACCUAUAUGUGGGAUGAAGAGGGUCUCGAGCCUCUUGGGGACCUCAAGUCUCCACUAGCAAGUUAUGAGGAUUCGGAGAUCAACAGCAUGGACAUCUUGAACAACCUGGACCCUCUGGGAACUGGAGAUUUGGACGAUAAUGAUCUCAUGCUGGAUGUGGACCUCCCAGAGGAUAGCUUGCAUGACUUUGACAGCAUGUCUCUCACAGAGGGCUCAGACAGAGGUAGCCGACAGGGGCAGCGACGCAAGCAGCACCGCUGGAGUGGCCCCGAUCACUUCUUCCAUGACAGCAGGCUUCAUUUCUUUAGUAAUUAUGACAAUCACAAGACUUCCCGGUUUCCUUCUCGUCCCAUCCAGUCUGAUGGCAAGCAGCCAGUCUAUAAACCAGUGUUGGAUGAACUCGCAAUGAAGCACAUGACACAGGACUGCAGCGUGCUGAGGACUCAACUUCUCAGGCUCAAAACGUUGCUUCAGCUUGAAGACACAGGGUCUCCAGCAGAUGUAUGUGAGCAGACUGAAGACAAUACCACUGGUGAGAUGGAGGCCCUGAUUAAGGAAGUGCAGGUGCUCAGGGAGGAGCUGAGGGGUAGAGACAAGACUAUAGCUCUGCUCACUCUGCAGUGCCAACAACUACAACACCAUCAGCAGCAGCAGCGCGAUCAAAUGCCCAAUGAAGGUCAGCAAGUUAGAUGUCAGUGCCGCCAUCGGAGGACGUCCACUUCAUUACAACACAACGAAAGACAGACGGACACACGGAUGCAGCAGUACAACAAAGCUACCCAGACGUAUUGGAGAACGCCGAGCCAAUCUCCUCGAACGCUACAGCCUUUCAACCCCUAUCUCAACGAGCAGCCGCACCAGGAAAGACUAAUAAAAACUCCCCCCACCGAGGGCCACAGUAAGCUCACGCGGAGCAGAUCAGAGGAAGCGACUUGCAAAGAUAAUGACCGUCCUCUUGAAGCCAUUGAAGUAGAUGUGUCAGGGGCGGGUGGCUCUGACAAGCUGAGUCAUCUGCCCAGGACCAACCUGCGCUGCCCCCGCUUCUGUGCUCCACGGGGAAUAACUGGCACAGACGGUCCAGCGUCAGCACCUCCGUCCGCUUCGCAGCUUGGGCGGAGAGCUCCCACUGCGCCAGCACAGAACUCUGACACGCCGAGAUCAGCUCGCCCUCGCACGCUGCAGCCUCCUCGCGUCCACAAGCCGACGUCUUCACUCACGUCGGAUUCAGUUGGUGUUGGCGGCUCGGCCAAUCUGAAAUCUGGCCGUUCUUCGGGGCCUGCGGCUCACCAGACAAAGCAGCUGCCGCCUCCGACGAGAGGCCUUCCUUGCUUUAACGCCGAACCCCGGGGGCAGACUCCAAAGCUGAGUCAAUCUUCACUUCUUCAGCCUCUCAGAACUUCGGAGCCUCGCUGAAAUUCGCAGGGAAAGUUGGGGAAGGUGUCAUUCAAAGUCUUUGGGGCAGCCAGGAUGCCUUUGAGUCACUCCUGCCUCCCAAAGCCAAAUAAUACCCCAAGGAAGCAAAUGACAUUGUCAGUGAAAUUGAACCUCUUCUCCCCAGGCCAUAUUAGUUUUAGAUUUUUUUUUUCCUUUUCCUUUGACUUAUCUCGAUAAUUAGGGGUUGACUGUAGUUUUGUUCCGUGACUGCUAAUGGUGCAAUUUUUACAUUGGCUGCCAAAACUACAUCGUAGGAUGUGUCUUUCAGAAUAGAUUUUAUAUUACAAGUCAAUUUCAUUAGCUUUGCACAUGUCAAUGAAUACUGAAGGAAACAAGUUUCACACUUUGCACUUGACAUUUUAUUUUUUUUUUGGCGUUUUUCUUUGCAACAGCCUCUGGCUAAUGUCCCAUUUAAAAUUCCAGAACCUGUUAACUUUAGACAGCUUUGCCCUUUGACACACAGGUGCAUUUGGUUUUUAAACACAGAGUCGAUGUGAUUGUGACCUCUGCCGUACCUUAGAAGGCCCAGGGGGAAACUAGAGCGAAAACAAGAAGUGAGACUUGAGUCUGAAAAAAAUAAGCAAAUAAAUGAAAAGGGGAGGAAGGAGAAAGAAAAAGUGAAAAGCACAGCAGCAGACUGAAAAGCUAAUUUGUCAAAGCCCUCUGAAGCUUGUCACUUCCGGACAGAGAAUAUGUGCAUGUGUAAACGUGUUUGUUUGUGUGCAGGGCUUUGAAGAGCAAAGGAAAACAGCUCCCCCACCACAGAUGUGUGCAUCAUUGUAGCUCAGUUCACUGUAUUGCGCUUAUAUUUUUGGGUAAACAUUACAAACUCUGCACAUAUUAGCAAAAGGGGU